AUGUACCAACCUCACCCUAGCGUCAAGGAAUGGAGUCCAGAGAAAGUGUCGAAUUUCUUAAAAUCCAACAAAUUUAACCUCUAUCUUGAAAAAGAAGAUAUUAGAGUCAUAGAUCGGCUUAAAUACUCUGGCGAAAAUUAUCUUCAGUCCACCGAAAAAGAGCUUGCGGAGUUUGGCUUUUCUCCUGGAGCAGCAAGAAGAAUUCUAAAAAUAAUAGAGUCAGAGCAAUCGAGAUUACCGAAUAACGAUCAAUAUUCGCAAGUUUCAAUCAAUAUUGGAAGAGGAGAACCUUUAGCUUCGACAUAUAAACUACACGAUGACUCAAGAAAUAAUAUUUCGGCAUCUCAAAAGUCGACUAAAAAAAGAUCGACCCUAGAUGACCUUGCUUCAAGUUUAGAUAAUGUUGAAGUGCUUCGAGAUAUAUUUAAGAAAAUAUUUGACCAACGGAAAGAGGAAGAAGGUCUUUCAUUUAAAAAUGUAGCCGAGGAGAUUGGGAAAGACAAUAUUAGUUCAAGCACUUUAUCAAAUUUUUAUCAUGGCGACUCAAAACUUCGCGUAGGUCAAAACAAAAGAGCAGUCCAAGAGUGG